AUGGGAUCAACUUGUCUUCAAAUCCCAAUUAAUCAAAAUGACAUUUCACUUUGGGAUCAAGUGUCCAUAAGCAAACAAGAAAAGUAUGCUUAAUUAAGAAUUCAAUAAAAAUUCAGUGAAUCAUCAUCAUGUCCUGAUGAACAUGUUCAAAUGACUAGUCAUUCAAAUGAUGAAAAUGAUAAUAGUUAAGAUGAUAUAAGUCUUCCUAUAGUGGAUUAAAGUCCAGCUAAGACUUGCAAGAGCAUUUUAAAAAAUAAGAAUGAUUUUUAGAUUGUACGAUCUAAUAAUUAAAAUAAAACUGUUUCAUUUAGUUUUGUACCUCCAGAUUAAUUAAAAGAAAUGAUGAACUCAAAAGGAAAAUUAUCAGAAGAAUAAAAAAGAUUUCUUGAAUCAUUAUAUGAAUCAGUUUGA